UUUUGCAGUAAAAACAAUGUUUUAGUUUAACAUUCGUAAAUCACGCAUUAAAUAUUCUGUGAAGGAGUCUUUAAAUAAUUGUAACGUUACAUAAAUGGGUAGUGAUGUCGCGUUAUCGUUAGUGUUCGUCGGGUCGGCCGCUCCAAGGGGAGUUCGUAACUUCUUACUGCCUUCGUUCGCACAUAAAUAACAAUGUUUUUAUAUAAAACUCAUGUAUUCUUGAUAAUAAGUUUGUCCUCAAUUACAGUUAGGGCACAGGAUGACGAAUUAUUUUCAAAUUUAAUAGAUGGAGGACUAACGCCGAUGCAAAAUUUGAAAGCGGACUUGUAUGAAAUGGAAAAUAAGGAACCAGAAAAGGUUGAGAUCAAAUUAUUCUACGAAUGCUUGUGUCCCGACUGUAGAGUCUUUGACACGACGAGUUUAAAACCAACGGUGGAGAAACUAGCCCCGUAUUUGAAUCUGCGACUUUAUCCUUAUGGAAAUGCCGAGACUAUAGAGAUCCGUAAUGGUGUUUAUCAAUUCAAAUGCCAGCAUGGUCCGAAGGAGUGCUACGGUAACAAGUUGCAUGCCUGUGUCAUCGACUACAUGAGCAACAACACUGAGGCUGUGUUCUUCAACUCCUGCCUAAUGGACUCUGCGAGGAAGAACAAUGGAUCUGAUGACGAAGCCGCUGAUGAGUGCGGAAGAAUCUUGGGCAUAUACCCUGGUCAGAUCAAAUAUUGUGCGAAACACGACAGAGGAAUGCUCUUACUCAAACACUAUGGAGAUGAAAGCAAGAAGGCCGGCUUCAAGUAUGUCCCCUACAUCCUCAUCAAUGGUGUAGAAAACAAUGGAAGUAAAUUCAUGAAAGACGUGUGCGCAGCUUUCAAAAACCCACCCGCAGCGUGUGCGCAGGCAUUUUAACGUAGUAUUUAAAAGAUUAAAUGUUUCUCAAUUAUUUGCACAA